CUUUCUCUGUCUUUCCUGUGUCGCUAUUUCGUCAAUUUUGGAAUCCAAUUGCUUUAGUUUCCAUUUAGAGCUUUAAUUAGAUCAAGUGCCAUCUAGUUAAAAUGUUAGUAAAGCAGGUCACCUGUUCGAGUCUACGACAGUCCGAUUGUCCGAGGGUCCGACGGAGCAACUGACUGACCCCCCCUGAGUGACAGCUGGGGUUUAGGUGGGUUCAGGCAAGCUUAAUUAGAUCUGCAUACGGAAUGUGGCGCAAAAGUUGGGUUAACCCCAAAAUGGAGUCGAAAAGCGCUCAACAUUGCGUAGUGUGUGCUGCAAGGAUGCACUUGGCAUUGCUCUCCUUUUGGAUAUGCCUGGCUGGGGCCCUGGAUUGGAGCCAGCUGAUGAGUCCGAGGCCCGUGGAUAACUACCAGAGCCAGCUGAAGCAGCUGCUGGAGUGGCUGCUGCGGCGUGCACAGGUGCAGCGCUGCUUUGCGGUCAUCACAGACGACCUGCACCACGCCCUCUACGACCGGGCGUACUUCGAGGCCGUGGGCCCUCUGCGCUCUGCCCGACCGCACUUUCUGCUGCGGCUGAAUGCCAGCGAGAACUUGCACAGGCCGUCCAGGCAAGUGGAGCUGCUGCUGCGUGCGAUCCGGGCCAGUGACUGCGACCUGCACGUGCUGACCCUGCUGAAUGGCUGGCAGGUGAAGCAGCUGAUGAAGUUCGUCUACGAGACUCGCGCCUUGAAUAUGCAGCGCAAGUUCCUCCUGCUGCACGAUGUCCGGCUCUUCACCGACGAUAUGCUGCACGUGUGGAGCGUCUGUGUGAACGCCGUGUUCCUGCGGCGACAGCUGGACAACAGCUACAGCAUCUCGACCAUUGCCUAUCCGGGCAUAUUGAGCCGCGUUGUGGUCCUCAAGCAGCUGGAGAACUGGAGAGCUGGUAAACGCAUGGAUGGAGCAAUCAUUUUCACGGAUAAGACGCGCAAUUUGCACGGCGCUCAACUGGCGGUGGCCAUUGCUGAGCACGUGCCGAUGGUACAGCUGAAUCGAUCCACGAAUACCUAUCAAGGCGUUGAGGUGGAAAUCAUGAAAGCCCUGGCCAAGGCCCUAAAUUUCCAGCCGUUUUAUUAUGCGAUUAAUGAGAGCGACGCCAGCAAUUGGGAGCAGUCGCUGCAGGGGAACGAGACCCGCAUGGAGAGAGGUCUAGUUGAGGAAGUGGCGCAACGCAAUGCUCGCUUUGGCAUUGGGGAUCUGCAUCUGUUCCAGAGCUAUGUGCAGCUGGUGGAGCUGAGUGUGCCGCACAGUGUGGAGUGCUUGACGUUCCUGACGCCCGAAUCAUCCAAGGACAAGUCCUGGCAGACCUUCAUACUGCCCUUUAGCGGUGGCAUGUGGGCUGGCGUCCUGCUCUCCCUGGUGGCCGUCGGCACCAUCUUCUAUCUGAUCAGCUACUUGAAUGCGCUGCUCAUGGGCAGCAGCAGCCGGCUGGCCUUCUUCCGCUGCCUGCGCCGAAGACGGCGGCAUCUGCGCCGGGAUCCGCUCAGCUGGCAGCGUUUAAGCUUUCGCAUUACCCUGGGCAGGCAUCGACCCAGACCCCAGCUGGGGGCUGCUCGUCGGGACAUCUUUGACAACUAUUCGAAUUGCAUUCUGCUCACGUACAGCAUGUUGCUCUAUGUGGCACUGCCCCGCAUGCCGCGCAACUGGCCGCUGCGCGUGCUCACGGGCUGGUAUUGGGUCUACUGCAUCCUUCUGGUGGCCACCUACAGGGCCAGCUUUACGGCCAUUUUGGCCAAUCCGGCGGCCAGCGUCACCAUUGACACGCUCCUGGAUCUGAGCCGCGCCCGCAUACCGCCCACAACUGGAGCAGCCGACAACAAGCAGUUUUUUCUGGAGUCCAGCGAUGAGACAGCCCGCGAGGUGGGCGCCCGCAUGGAAAUAGUGCUGCAGCUCGACGACUUGACCAAGCGCAUAGCUAGGGGUCAGUGCGCCUACUAUGACAACGAGUUCUUUCUGAGACAUUUGCGUGCGGCAGACGAGGCACAUGGUGUGGCCAUGGGCGCGCUACACAUCAUGAGGGAGUGCGUUGUCCAUAUGCCCGUGGCGCUGGCUCUGGAGAAGAACUCGGCGCUAAAGCCGCACGUCGACAGCAUCAUACAGCACCUGGGCGAGGGCGGUGGGUGCAGCAAACCAUUCGAUUCAGGCUCCAUAUAUACCCCCUCUCUCUCUCUCUCUGUCUCUCGUGCAGGUCUGAUUGCCAAAUGGCUGCGGGAUGUGAUCAAACGUUUGCCAGCCGAGGAGCAGGCGCCGCAGGAGGCGCUCAUGAAUCUGCACAAGUUUUGGAGCUCCUUCGUCGCAUUGGGCAUUGGGUAUCUGGUGUCGAGUCUUGUGCUACUCCUGGAGCACUGGCACUUUAGGUAUAUCGUCAUGAAGCAUCCCAUAUAUGAUGUCCACAAUCCCAGCUUAUACUAUAAUUUCAAGCGGCUUUAUCCGCACGAAUAGCUUGGCAAUAAUAUAAAUAAUAUAAUUAUUAUAUUAAGCAAUUCUUGUCCUCAUAAAAAUCAACUGACAAUUCUUUUGUGAGCCGCUGACGCAAUCAAUGAAGUCCACUUUGGAUGGUGGCAUACCAUAGAAAAUAAUACCAUAUAUCAAAUCGAUUCAAGUGGCCUCAAGUAUCCAGCAAUGUGUUGUAUAAAAUUGAAAGAGUUUUCAAUUCGUUUCGUAAAUAAUAAUUCGCAUUGUUUAAGAUCUCGUAGGCACAUUAAGCAUUCAUUAUUUGUUUAUUGCCCAAAAAUCUUGGCCAACAAUAAUCGAAAAAUCGUAAAUAA